AUGGGUUCAUGCGAAGCAACGAAUGUGGUUCUUUCAAAGAUUAAAAAUUUUGAUCCUGAAAAUGCUUCAAAAAUCAUGGGCUACCUUCUCAUGAACCUGGAAGACUCUGAACUCAUUCGCUUGGCUUGUAGUCCUGACCCUGUGCUCCACACUCUCAUUCUCAGGGUUAAGACCCACAUGGGUCUGGCACUCUCCACUCCUUCUUCUCCUUCUCUUCCUCCUUCCCCUUUAAACCCCAUAGCAAGACUCACUGGUUCCUCCACCAACCCGUUUUCCAGAGCAGGUCCCACCAACGGUUUUGACUUUGCUAGAAACCCAUCUUCACCUUCCUCUCACUCUCACGCAUGGAACUUCCCAAACACCAACCCCAUUAGUCCAAAGUCCACUCCUUUACUCUCUUAUGAUAACAUCCGAGCCCUCUCACCGCGUGUCAACGGUGAUUGUGAUUUUGUUGACGAGCAGCAGGUGAAUGAGUUCUUUCCCUUCCUCAAUGAGUCCUCCAAGAACGAAGAUUUGGUCGAUCCACGCCUUGAAUUGGGUGUUGGUGCUCAAAAUUGGCACUCCGGGGACUCACAUUUGCACCGAAGGAGUUACUCGGCAAGUGAUGUUGGUUUUGGGUGUGAAGAAGCUGCCCCUGGACUUGGAUACAAACCGUGCCUUUACUUUGCAAGAGGGUUUUGUAAAAAUGGCACGAAUUGUAAGUUUCUUCAUGGUGCUUUCACUGAUUCUCUGGAUGCCACUGUUGGCUCUCCAAGUAAGCUUGAGGGUAUGGAACAACAGCGGGAAGAUUUUGCUAGGUUCAAGGCCCCACAGCUUCAAAGAAUAAGUUCUGGACCUUCUGCAGCCGCACGUGAGAAGUACUAUGAGUUUCUGAUGCAGGAGUCCCAAAGGGCUGCAGCAGCAUUCAUGAUGGGGGAAGAACUCUGCAACUUUGGCUGGGAUAGGCCUGAAAGGAAUGACUUUUUAGCGGCAAUUUCUGGUGAUAAACCCAACUCUGCCUCGCGACAGAUUUACUUGACAUUUCCUGCUGAAAGUACAUUCAAAGAUGAAGACGUCUCGGAGUACUUCAGCAAAUUUGGACCUGUUCAAGAUGUGAGAAUUCCUUAUCAGCAAAAGCGGAUGUUUGGGUUUGUUACCUUCGUCUAUCCAGAGACAGUGAGACAAAUAUUAUCUAAAGGGAAUCCUCAUUUUAUCUGUGAUUCACGGGUACUUGUGAAACCCUACAAGGAGAAGGGAAAAGUCCCUGACAAGAGACAACAACAUCAACAACAGCAAUUAGAGAGGGGAGAUCUUUCGCCAUGUUUGAGCCCUUCUGGAUUUGCCUCUAAAGAACCUUAUGAUUUCCAUCUUGGGGCAAGGAUGUUGUAUAGUCCACAUGAUAUCUUGUUGAGAAGAAAAAUUGAGGAGCAGGCUGAAUUGCAACAAGUCCUUGAACUUCAAGAAAGAAGGCUGAAGAAUUUACAGCUUCCCGACUUCAAGAACAAUCCUAUUCACCAUCACCAACGCAGUCUUUCUGUUGGUACUUCUUUGGUCUUGCCCCAUCAACUCCAUGGUCAUAUUAAUGAUGUAGGUCUUUCGCCUGAUAGCAUUAAAGGAGAUAUUGCAGGCUAUGUUGGCAGCUUCACUUCUACCAAUUCUUUAGGCAUUGCAUCUGAGCAGCCACAGCAGCCGCAGAAAGAAGUUGAGCUAGAUGAUUCUGAGAGCGGGAAAAUAAAGGAUAGUGGAAAUACAAAAAACGUGGAUCUUAGUAAUAGUGUGGAGCAGGCCCUUCCUGAUAGCCUCUUUGCUUCACCAACAAAAGCAGCUGGAGAUUAUCAUGCUGACUUCUCUACAUUGGCAGAGGUCAACGAGAGUACUGUAUUUUCAUCUAGCUCAUCUUCUCGUGACAAGCUAGAGCCAAUAACAUCCUCUAGUGACGUGGUGUCACGGUAG